AUGUCGCUGUACCGCCACAGGAACCUGCGCUCCUGGGAUCGGGACCGCGGCUUUGACGACCCCGACGAAGCUGUCGCGAAAGUAAAAGAGCCCGCCGUUACCGCCCUCUUCGCCGCCUGCCGCCGCCUGGUCAGCUUGAAACUUGUUCUGCCCGUGUGCCUGCCCGAGCUGCCCGCUUCCGUGAGUCUCCUGCAGCAGCUGACUAGGCUGGAGGUUUCGUGCGGCCGAGCCGAUUUCGAUUUCGCGGGUGCUUUUAAUGAGGCCGACGCAGCACCAGAGCCACAGGGGGAGCUCCUCGAGAGCGUUGGCUUGCUGUCCGCGUUACGGUCUCUCAGCAUCCGCGCUCCUUGCGUGCGCGCCCUCCCGCACACCCUCUCCCGCCUCCACUCCCUUACCUCGCUGAAAAUCGACCACUGCGUCACACUCCGGCACCUGCCCGGCGGCCUCGGGCAGCUAAAGAAAUUGCAACACCUGAAGCUGGAGGGCCUACAUGCGCUGAUCUCCCUGGCUGACUCCAUCGGCCUUUUAUCGUCCCUUGAAACCCUCCACCUGCGCUCCGUCGUGGCCACCACUCUCCCAGACUCCGCCGCCCACCUCUCCUCCCUCAAACGCUUCCUUCUCUCCAGCCUUCCGCGCCUGCAAUCGCUCCCUGACUGCGUCGGAGAGGUGCCAUCGCUGCAAGAACUGAGCAUUCAGCAGUGCUCUCGCUUAACUGCUCUCCCGCGCUCGGCCUCUGCCCUCGCCUCGCUCACUGCUUUCACAGUUCAAAACUGCCGUUCUCUCGCUUCGUUACCGGAGGAUAUCGGUGACGCUCCGCGCCUCGCGUCUCUCGUUCCCGACGAGCUUCCCUCGCUUGUGGCUAUUCCGGAGUCAGUAGCCCUCCUCUCCUCCCUAACGCACCUUCGCGCGGCCAAGUGCGAGGUUCUCAUGUCGCUGCCAGCGUCUUUCGAUGGGCUGCACUCGCUCUCUCAGCUGCAGCUUCUCGGGUGUGCGUUGGAAUCCCUGCCCGAAGAUUUCGGGCAGCUGUCCGCGCUGACCGAACUUCAUCUGAGCAAAGUUGAUUGCGAUCUGCCCGAAUCGUUUGGACAGCUGCUGAAGCUGAGGCGACUCACUGUUGCUGCUUCUGAGAGCGAGCUUACUCUGCCAACCACUUACACUCAGCUUGAAGACCUCGUUAUCCGCAGCUGCUACAAUUUGGAUACCCUGCUCGAGACUAUUGGGCAGCUGACAGCGCUCCGCACAGUGGAAAUAGCUGGAUGCACACUGCUGGAAACCUUUCCUGAAUCUUUUUCGCAACUGCCCAACCUUGAAAGCCUCAUUCUCGGAUGGAAGGGUUUGGUGUCAAAAAGGGAUGAUCGGGAAUUAGGCCUUACAACAACAAUGUUUGACCCUGUAUGUUUGAACGAGAACAACAACGAUGAGGAUGAUGGUGAUGACGAAUCGCGGGACACAGCAUUCACGGACCUGCCGAGCACGUUCAGGCAGCUCGCGAGUUCCUUAACCACCCUCAAAAUUCACGGGUGCCAUGAGCUUCAGCAGCUGCCAGCAUCGUUCACGCAGCUGACUCGCCUGCAGCGGCUGUGCAUCUCCAACUGCCACAAGCUGAGGGGAAUGCCCGCAGGGUGGAGCAACCUUCCCUCCUCUCCCCACCCCCUCCCCUCCCUCCACCGCCUCCUCAUCCUCAAAUGCCCCUCCCUCGCCUCCCUCCCUUCAGGUCUCCACCUCCUCCCCUCCCUCCUCCACCUAGAGAUCCGUGACUGCAUGAAAUUCACCAAGCUCGCUCCCCGCACCUCGCAGUCGCCCUUCCCACCCACCCUGCAAACCCUAAUCCUGUCCAACACGCUACAGAACACCAGGGACAUGCAGCAAGCCAUCUCCCACCUCUCCUCUCUCCAGCACUUGCGUAUCGAACACAGCUUAACUCUCAAAACCGUUCCCAUUGCAUCCUCCCUGGAAAGCCUUUCUCUCUUUGACUUGUCCCUUAUCUCCACCCUCUCAACACCCAACAUCCACACACUACAGAAACUGAAAAUCCUGACCCUCCACACCCUCUCCUUGCUCUCUCCCCUCCCUCCUUCGAUCACAGCCCUCACUCACCUCCAGCGCCUUCAUCUCAGCCACAUGGAAAUUUCUAACCUGCCCGAGGACCUCGGGCAGAUGCAAGGGCUGCGCGUGCUGACCAUAAAGACCGCGCCCAAGCUACUAGCGCUACCUGCCUCCCUCACCCUCCUCACCUCCCUGCAGCACCUCAUGGUCUCGGAAUGCAAGAAACUCCCUUCUUUACCGGAAGACGGAUUCGGCAAUCUCUCCUCUCUCGUCUCUCUCAAGCUCAACAACCUGCCGCUGCUGCACAAGCUGCCCGCGGCCGUCGCACACCUGCCUUUGCUGCAGGUGCUGGAUGUGCAGGAGUGUGAAGAGUUGUGCGAGCUGCCCGAGGGGUUGGAGAGCGCUAGGAGUUUGCGGGAAGUGUAUGUGGAUGGGUGCAGCCAAUUGGAGGAGGAAUUGCCCGAGGCGCUGCUGGUGCGGUCAGGGAGGAUUCAGGUGCAUGCGGAGGAUUACUAUGUUGAUUAG